AUGAAGGAAGUGAUGGUCACAGAGGGUGGGGAUGUCAAAGGAGUAGCAGGCCUGGGAGGUGACGGGGGAGAAAGGAGGCGCCAGCCAAAAGUCACCACAGGGUCUCCUCAGCUUUACCAGUUCCAGGUGUCUUCUCAGCCCCUGGGGAGUAUGGGCUGGCCCCUGCUGCUGCUGCAGCCGCCCCCAGAUUACAGGACCCGGCUGCCCCUGAACGGGACGGAGGGUCAGAACAACGGCUCCCUCAGGAUCUCCAGCCUGCGGUUGAAGGACCAGAACGUGUACUUCUGCCGGGUCAGUCUGAACACACUGAACAAUGGCAAGAAAGAGAGGCAAGUGUGGCAAUCCAUCCAGGGGACCAGGCUCACUGUCACGCCCGUUGUCAAGACCACCACCCACAGCCCCUCCAACGUAGCUUCCACCACAGCUGACCUGAGGAUCACAGAGGACAAGAACUCAGGGUCCCAGCCUCUGAGUCUGGAGACAGCAGUAGGGGUGGCAGUGGCAAUCACUGUGCUUGUAAUUGCCGUUUUGGGAUUGAUGAUCUUCCUCAGGUGGAAGAGAAGGAAAGGUCUGCAGCCUAAAGCCAAAACCUCAGCCGGGGACCCCUUCCAGAACACUGAGGAGAAAUAUGAGAAUCUUGAGAAUAAAGGACAACACACUGACCCCAGACUGAACCCCAAGGAUGACGGCAUUGUCUAUGCCUCCCUGGCUCUCUCCAGCCCGACCUCUCUUGAACCACCCCGCUGCUACCAUCCACAGGUGAACCUUCAAGAAGAAACGGAAAAAUCACAACUGCCAGCAAUCACCAAAGCCAGAUGCCAAUGACACAGAAGUGAAAGUGUUGAAGACCACAAAGGAACCAAGAGAAACAGCCACGCACUCCAAUUCUCUCUCAACUUCCUAGCCUGUCCUCACAAAAAUAAAAGUACCCAGAGAAUUUACUUGACUGCAUCUAAAGAGAAAAUGGAUAUUACCUUCAACUCCUGACCCUCCCAAUAAAACUAGACUCUUAACAGACAA